AUGGUGACUGGAAUUGAAACAGCCGGCCUUGUCUUGGCCGUCUUACCCUUCCUCAUUGAGGCACCUUUGGUGUACAAGAAGGGGCUCGAAAAGACGGGGAUCGUUCUUGGCUUCAAACAGAAGAGAUAUAAAGUAAAGGUCGAAACGCUCAGACUGCGGCUCAAGGGUCAAAGUGCAUGGUUACACCUAAACCUUGCUAAAUUACUUAGCCGCGCGGCCCCGAAUGAGGAUUUCGUGAGACUGACAGAGGACUACAACGACGUAUUUUGGACUGGGGAUAUUGCCGACAAGAUCAGGAAAUACUUACAGCCUGGUGACGCAUUCGAAGCUUCCAAGGCACCCUAG